UUUGUGUCCUUUAGGCCCUUCAAUAUGAAGCCCGUGGUUGUUCUGGAUAACGGAGCUCACACGCUGAAAGUUGGUCUGUCGACCGACGCUCACCCGAAGGUCAUUCCGAACUGCAUAAUGAAGGUGAAGAAUGAAAGACGGCGAGCGUUUGUGGGUGCUCAGAUUGACGCCUGCAAAGACCUGUCGGGACUCUUUUACAUCCUUGCCUUCGAAAAGGGGUAUUUGGUCAAUUGGGAGGUGCAGAAGACGAUUUGGGAGAGUGUGUUCACUCAGGACCUGGAACUUGAAGGCAAAGAGAUUUUGAUCACCACUCCGAUGUUCAAUUUCACGUCCGUCAACGAGGGAAUACAAGAGAUGAUGUUCGAGGAAUUCCAGGUGUCUGCACUAACGUUGAGACCGGGUCCAGAUUUAUCUGCUUGGAAGUCUCACCUUGAUUGUUGCGUGAUAAUCGACUGUGGAUUCAGCUUUUCGCACAUAAUUCCCUACUUCAUGGGAGAGCGUAUAGAAAAUUGCGUGCGACGCGUCGACGUCGGAGGAAAAGUUUUGACGAAUUAUCUCACGGAAAUAGUGUCUUAUCGUCAGUUGAACGUGAUGGACGAGGGCUACGUGAUAAAUCAGAUGAAAGAAGAUGUUUCUUUCGUUUCACUCGAUUUCACGAAAGACAUGAAGGCUUGUGCCACGAAGAACAAUAAGAUUGCUCGUGAAUAUGUCCUCCCGGAUUUCUUGAAUAUCAAGCGAGGUUUCAUGAGGGAAUGUGGAAUUGCUAGCGAAAAUUCAAACGAACAGGUGGUUCAUCUUAUGAAUGAAAGAUUCUCUGUACCAGAAUUGCUCUUUUCACCUGGUAACGUUGGGUUGGACCAGAUGGGGGUCGCAGAAGCCACUGUAGAAGUUAUCCAAAAACUUUGUCCUGAGAAUUUACGGUUCUCGUUAUUCAGCAACAUAAUUCUCACUGGAGGCUGUGUGAAGUUCCGUAAUUUCGCUAAACGACUGGAACGAGAUAUUCGAUCCAUGGCAUGCGAUUUGUACGAUGUCAAAGUUACCAUGACGGAUGAUCCAAUCACCGCUCAUUGGUCUGGUGGAGCAGCGUUUGUAAAAUCGAAAGAGUACGCUGCCAGGAAAAUGACAAGAGAGGAUUACGAAGAACUCGGACCGAGUAGAAUUGUUCAGCUCGCAUCUGGAUCCAUUUCCCCGAAAAAUAUGCGAUCGGACGAGGAUGAUCUGGACGAUGGAGAAGAUUUUGAUGGAGUUGACUUGGUGGAGGAAGACGAUAAUGAGGAGAUGGAAGACGAUGGUGAAGGCGACGAGGGACUGGAGGAAGAUGAUGAAGAAGUCGAUGCAGAAGAUGUACAAGGUGAAGACGAUGACGACGAAGAUGAGGAUCAAGGCGGAGAUGAUGAAGAAGAUGAUAUUGAUUUUGAU